GGGGGGGGAACCGUGUCACUAAAUCAGCCCAGGAUUCAGCACCGUGCCCUGCUCCUCACCCCUGAUUUCUUCCCUCAGUUUCCCCAUCUGUAAAAUGGAGGACACGCUGCCAAACCCUGCUUGAAAACCGCUGUCAGAUGCAGAAAAUGUAAGUGAAUUGCUCAGGUGAUGCUCGUCGGCUGUCGUGCAACACAUCAAGGGCACAGGACAAUCUGCUUCAGGAACCCACAUCCCCUCAGCCCUGUGACCAGCAGGGCUAAUGCCAGCCCAGACCCAGCAGCGAUGAAUGGAAAAAAGCAACAAUUCUGCCCUGGAAGGAAGUCAGUCCUAACAAGGCAAUUGGCCUCUCUCAUCCUCAAAGCCUAAUUAACCAAAUCGUCUGCGUUUGUGGGAGAAGAGAGGGGCAAGUGGGAAGCUCCAGGAGGAAUGGCUGAUGAGGAGCCGAGGCUCGCUGUGCCGGACACUUUGAUGUUUAAAUAUCCCCGGUCUCAGAUGCCACAGCAGAUCCAGAUGUCGGUGCGGCCCCAGACCUGCAGAACAGCGCAUGGGAGAAUGGUAGUGAGCCCGUAAGACCAUGCUCUACACAAUGACAUGUUGGCUCCCGGUCCUGGUCCUCCACCUGGUCCUCCUGAGCCCCCCGCGGGUGGCAGCCUGCCCUGCCCGCUGCGAGUGCGCCCCGCAGAUCAAGUCGGUGGUGUGUCACCGCAAGCGGCUCACCUCCAUCCCCGAGGGCAUCCCCACCGAGACCAAGAUCCUGGAGCUCAACAAGAACCGCAUCCGCUGCCUGAACCCGGGGGACCUCUCCCCGUACCCGCUGCUGGAGGAGCUGGAUUUCAGCGAGAACAUCAUCUCCAAUGUGGAGCCGGGCGCCUUCAGCAACCUGUUCAACCUGCAGACCUUGCGGCUGAGGGGGAACCAGCUCAAGCUCAUCCCCCCGGGGGUCUUCACCAAGCUGACCAACCUCACCCUCCUGGACAUCAGCGAGAACAAGCUCGUCAUCCUGCUGGACUACAUGUUCCAGGACCUGCGAAACCUGAAGAGCCUGGAGGUGGGCGAUAACGACUUGGUGUACAUCUCCCAAAGGGCCUUCUCAGGGCUGCUGGGCCUGGAGCAGUUGACCAUUGAGAAGUGCAACCUGACCUCCAUCUCGGCUGAGUCUCUCUCCUACCUCCAGAACCUGGAGGUGCUGCGGCUCCGGCACCUCAGCAUCUCUGCACUGGAGGACCAAAACUUCAAGAAGCUCUACAACCUCCUGCAGCUGGAGAUCGACAACUGGCCGCUGCUGGAAGAUGUCUCCCCCACCAGCUUCCAGGGCCUGAACCUCACCUCGCUCUCCAUCACCUACACCAACAUCACAGCAGUGCCCGCUGCUGCCUUGAGGAACCUGGUGUACCUCCGGUACCUGAACCUGUCCUACAACCCCAUUAGCACUGUGCUGAAGGGCUCCUUUAAAGACCUCAUCCGGCUCCAGGAGCUCCACAUCGUGGGCGCUCUCUUGGUGUCUGUGGAGCCACAGGCUUUCUCCGGCCUGAGACAAAUCCGGCUGCUCAACCUCUCCAGCAACUUUCUCUCCACGCUGGAGGAGAGCACCUUCCACUCCGUCAACACAUUGGAGACGCUGCGGGUGGACAGGAACCCCCUGGCCUGUGACUGCCGCCUCCUCUGGAUCCUGCAGCGGCGGAAGACGCUCAACUUUGAUGGGCAGCAGCCCAUGUGCUCCUCGCCACCCGAAAUCCAGGGCAAUGCCCUGCGCGACUUCCCGGACUCCGUGCUCUUCGAGUACUUCACCUGCCAGAAGCCCAAGAUAAAGGAUCGGAAGCUGCAGCACGUGACGGCCCGGGAAGGACAGUCCGUGUCCUUCCUUUGCCGGGCGGAUGGGGAGCCGGACCCCUCCAUCGCCUGGGUGUCCCCCCAGCACCGCAUGAUCACCACCCGCAGCACAGGGCGGGCGACGGUGCUGCCGGGGGGCACCCUGGAGAUCCGCUUCGCCCAAGUGCAGGACAGUGGCACCUACAUCUGCAUCGCCAGCAACGCGGGGGGCAACGACACCUACUUCGCCACCCUGACGGUCAAGGGGCGCCCGGCCGAUGGGUCCCACUACGCCAACCGGACUUUGUACCUCAGCGAGUUCAAUGACACCUCUCACAACGACACGCAAGUCUUCUUGAAGUUUACGUUGGACCUCAAGACCAUCCUGGUCUCCACGGCCAUGGGCUGCAUCACCUUCCUGGGCGUGGUGCUCUUCUGCUUCCUCCUCCUCUUCGUCUGGAGCCGGGGACGAGGGCAACACAAGAACAACUUCUCGGUGGAGUACUCCUUCCGCAAGGUGGACGGUCCCACCACCACCACUGGCCAAGGAGGAGCCAGGAAGUUCAACAUGAAGAUGAUCUGAACCUCUCCUGGAGGAGAACGGUUGUCUGCUGCCCGGCCCCGGGCACGGUCAUGGUGGGAUGGGGCCGGGGGGAGUAUGGGAGCACCGGUGACAUCCUGGGGCUGGUGGUGGGACCUCGCUGUGCUGGGAUGUGGCUGGAGAUGUGCCAGAAGCCAGUGGCGUCAACACCACAGGGUUGAGAAGUGGUGACCCUGGCUGUCCCAGCCCCAUGGAGAGCCCUCGGGGCACAGGGGCUGUCCCAGCUCCAGGGGCUCCCAAUGUAGCCAACACUUUUGCUACCAACUAUGCAUUUCUCUGGCCAAGAGAUCAGCAGCAUUUGGGCCUGGGGAAAAAAAAACUGCUUCCUUUUCCUCCCCCCACCCUCUUCCCCGUUGUUUUUUUAAGAGACUCUCCAGAAAACUUUCCUGGUGGUUGUU